AUGAUCUCUCGUUCUAGAAAUAUACAUGUAUAUUUUACGGGGAAUUUGGAAACUGAACUCAAAAUGGACUCCCAGUUUUGUGCUAGAGAAAAACAUCUGUUGAGAGCCCAAAUAGCUCGAAUUAGUGCAUCAACUCACAUUUCUCCCACUGACUUUUAUCAACUCGAUACUGAUGAAAAACUUAUCAAAAAUCCUGAUUACGUGCCAAUAUUUCCAUUGAAUGAGUCAGAAUUCAGCCUUGAUGACUGGGUUCAUCAUAGGGAGUUCAUCCGUUCACUAGGAAACACAAGAGUAGUUGAGAAAAUAGCUAAAUCUGAAGAUGACGAGAAUUCAGAGGAAUCAGAGGCAGCCCCACCCCUUCUGCGUCCGAUCUCGGAGGACGAUGAUUUUGAUGAUGGAACAUCUGCCUGGUCCACACGUUUUUGUGCUGGUGGUUCAAGGGCUGCUUCCAUUCUGAUCGCAUCAAAUUACUGGCAUGGAGCCUUCACCAUAGCCAACAACAGUGCCGACAUGGGCUGGUGGAACGUUUAUGUUGGCUGGGGACAGAAAUACGAACAGAGUGUCAAUACACGAUAUCGGGUCCUUCCCUAUUCCAUAGCUGAUGAAUUUGAAGAUCCAGACGUGGAGCUUCAGGAAGCAAUAGAUCCAACUCCAGAGGAGGAGGAAGAGUGGAAAGCCGCUCACGCAAAAAUCAUGGAAGAAGAAACUGAAAAAUCGUCUCGAGAAAGUAAUGAGGAAGAGAGUGAAGAGUUAGAGACUGAUGAAGAAGAUGCUUAA